AUGGCAUCAGGCAGGGCACGCUGUACCCGAAAGCUCCGGAACUGGGUGGUGGAGCAGGUGGAGAGUGAAAAGUUCCCAGGAGUACGCUGGUAUGAUAAGGCCAAGACCAUGUUCCAGAUUCCCUGGAAGCAUGCAGGCAAACAGGACUUCCGGGAGGACCAGGAUGCUGCCUUCUUCAAGGCCUGGGCAAUAUUCAAGGGAAAGUACAAGGAGGGAGAUGCAGAAGGCCCUGCCACAUGGAAAACUCGCCUGCGCUGUGCCCUCAACAAGAGUCCCGAAUUUGAGGAAGUUCCUGAGAAUGGCCACAUGGAUGGGGCUGAGCCCUACAAGGUGUAUCGGUUGCUGCCACCAGGAACCCUCCCUGCCCAGACAGGCACCCAGAAAUCAUCAUUAAAACGACACCACAGUGCCUUGUCCUCAGAGAGGAAGGAGGAUGAGGGUACGCUGAAGAAGUGUGCACUCAGCCCCUUAUUGCUCCCGGAUCCCUGUAAGAAUGAGACAGGAGACAAUGGGACAUCAGACCAGUCAGACACUGGAAACAGCAGCAGCAGUAACAGCCCUAAGCCUCAAGAAGGCACAGACACAACUGAAGCUCUCCUUGAAGGGGAUCAGGUAUCCCUGGAAUUUCUGCUCCCUCCAGACUCAGACUACUCACUGCUGCUCACCUUCAUCUACAACGGGAGUGUGGUUAGGGAGACCCAGGUACAUGGACUGGACUGCCGCCUUGUGGCCGAGCCCUUGAUCUCCCAAAGCAACAUGGAACAAGUGAUUUUUCCCAAGCCUGACCCACUGGAACCCACACAGCGUCUGUUAAGCCAGCUCAAGAGAGGUGUCAUGGUGGCCAGCAACCACCAAGGUCUCUUUGUGCAACGUCUCUGCCCCAUCCCCAUCUCAUGGGAUGCACCCCAGGCCCCACCUGGUCCAGGCCCACAUCUCCUGCCCAGCAACGAGUGCGUGGAGCUCUUCAGAACAGCUUCCUUCUGCAGAGACUUGGCCAGGUACUCCCAGGGCCUGGGCCCACUACCCAAAUUCCAGGUAACCCUGAAUUUCUGGGAGGAGAGUCCUGGCCCUAAUGAUACCCCACAGAAUCUUAUUACAGUACAGAUGGAGCAGGCCUUUGCCCGACAUUUAUUGGAACAGACUCUAGAGGAGCAGGCAGCCACUCUGCCCCUGAUGCAGAGCCUGGAGGACCCUGUUGCCUCAUCUGUUCUUUACCUCUCUCCUUUAAAUGAAGCCAUUCUCCACACUAGUAACCUGCCUUCCCCUGUGCUAAUUCUCAGUGAUGCUCUGUGA